CUGAUUCGGUGCGAGAGGAGCCGCUGCAGCAACUUGUCUCCGGCCUCCGGGCCCCGCACCGGCACCGCCAUGAUCUCCUUCACUGACUCGCAGAAAAUCGGCAUGGGACUAACGGGGUUCGGGGUGUUCUUCCUCAUCUUCGGGAUGCUGCUGUUUUUUGACAAAGCCUUAUUGGCUAUAGGAAAUGUGCUGUUUGUGGCCGGCUUGGCCUUCGUCAUUGGACUGGAGAGAACGUUCCGCUUUUUCUUCCAGAAACACAAAGUUAAGGCCACUGGGUUCUUCCUGGGGGGGGUGUUUGUGGUUCUGGUGGGCUGGCCCCUCAUCGGCAUGGUGCUGGAGAUCUACGGCUUCUUCCUCUUGUUCAGGGGUUUCUUCCCUGUGGUCAUUGGAUUCAUUCGAAGAAUUCCUGUGCUGGGGUCACUCCUGAACUUACCCGGAAUCAGUUCGCUGGUAGACAAAGCCGGAGAGAGUAACAACAUGGUAUAGUGCCCAAUGGGAGGAGCCUGCUUCCCACGCUAUUUAUACGGCCGCGCCGGAGAGGAAACUGUGCCACGCCCCCCUCUUUUCUACGUAUGAAAAAAAAAAUCAUCCUUUUAACCCCUUGCGUCCCGUGGGGGUGGGAGCAGAAAUCAGCGGUUUUUGCGAGACUUUCUCUUGUCGUUUUGGAAUCGGCGCUGAGCCCCCCCGGAAUCCGCCGCCCCCGUCGCAUAGAGAACCUCGUUUUUUUUUUUGUUUUUUUUAAUUAUUUAUGGAAACGGCGGAUACGUCCUGACGACCAGACUCGCCCCAUGUGAUUGCAUGAAAGCUCCGCCCACCAGAUAACGGCGUCAUUUUUAAAAUGGGGAGGGGGAAUGAUUUCUAAAAAAAAAAAGAAACGGCGGAAUCCCGGUUCUUACGGUGUGAAUAAACCAUUUUUUGUA